AUAACCACGAGCUGGAUUCAUUCCCUUUUUCGAUUACAUGAGGAUUUAGAACCGGGUACCUUUUUUUCGCCUUGUACCAUAUAGACCUCUGUUACGAUAUCCCUCCGGAGACGAGGAAAGCGAUAAACGCCAACAAAAGUCCUUGCGAUACCCCGUUUUUCUUUUUAUUUCCGUCGCAUUUCUGCUCUUCCGUCCUAAUUAUAUAAUUCCAACAUGUUUUGGCGGUUUGGUGGAUACGCUGGUAUCUCCACCAUCGAUGCCCUGCUCGAUAAGCCGGAUGCGUCCCUGGAAGAACUCUUGGACGAGUCAGAGGUGAUACAGGAGUUGAACCAAAAUAAUAACAAGCUCAUCGAGUAUUUACGAGAGGAUAAUGUCUUGAAACGGCUUAUGGAUUAUGUGAUCGCACCGAGUCUGGUGAACGACGACGAUGACGCGGACGAACUUAACGACAUUAACGCCGGCGAGGAGGGAAAAGAGAAGACGACCGAUCCGCUCAAGGAGGCAUUAGAUCCGGAGGACUUGGAAAGGGCGGAGAACAACCGUCUUAGACAUGCAUAUGUUGCAUGUGAGCUUCUCUCGACGCCGACAUGGUCGAUAAUCGAAUCCAUUAUGCUGAAUCAGGAACACCUGCGGGGUUUCUGGAACUUCCUGAGGAGGCCUCCGUCUUUGGAUCCCCUCCAAGCAAGUUAUUUCACGAAGGUUAACGAGACUAUGUUCGAUCGGAAGACGGAGGAUAUGCUGGAAUUCUUCAAAUCCCUCGAUGGGAUUCUGCCUGCGAUUCUCCAGCAUAUUGACAAUCCGAUGGUCAUGGAUUUGUUGCUAAAGAUCAUCAGUUUAGAAAAGACUGAAGGUGGCCAGGGUAUUGUGGACUGGCUGAGAGCUCAAGGCUUGAUUCCGACUCUCCUCUCUUUUCUCUCCCCCGAGUACCCCACAACCGUUCAAACCUCUUCUGGUGACUUCAUUAAGGCCAUUAUCACCAUUUCCGCCAACGCAAUUCAAAACGACGAUUCGUGUAUCGGUCCCAACAGCUUGACGAGGGAAUUAGUAUCCGCGCCAUGCGUGGAGAGCUUGAUAAACUCGAUGCUGCAAGGUGGAAAUCCUCUAACGGUGGGGGUGGGAAUAAUCAUUGAGGUUAUUCGGAAGAACAACUCUGAUUAUGAUCCGCCUGGUAUCAACGCCCCCGGUACAGUACCGACAACAUACGAUCCAAUCUAUCUCGGUACGCUGCUUCGAAUAUUUGGACAGCACAUUCCGGACUUCAUGGCAUUGCUCAACAGCUCAAAACAUACCGUCAGCGAGGGUGGACAGGUAAAGAGGGUUGAGAGAGUAGAUCUCACUUCUCCAUGGGGCGCCAAGGUCGAACCGCUGGGCUUUGACCGAUUUAAAACCUGUGAAUUGAUGGCCGAAUUACUGCAUUGCAGCAACAUGGGUCUUUUGAACCAACCUGGAAGUGAGCACUACAUUCGGGAGAGGGAUCUCGAGCGCGAACGGCUGGUUCGGGAAGGCGCUUUCAACGUGCAUGGAGAAGGGUUCUCCAGUGUUGAUUUUAACGAUUCCUCCGAUUUUGUUAACGGGUCAUCGGUUCUUGGCUCGGGGUCGCCAGAGGAUGUGAAGACACUCGAAGUCACGAAUGCUGGUGAAGAGGAGGGAUUUGAAGACGUCUCUGCACCAAGCGUUCUCAUAAAUAAGGAGCAAGAUGCUGGGAAGAAAGACCUGGCAUCCUCAGAGGCAGCUGGCCCAAUGUCGCCCACUGCAUCUGACCUAACUGAGCAAUUGGGUGAAAUUAAGCUUGAAGGCGAAGGCUCGAAAGAAGCUACCGCUGAGGAUCCACCACCAGCUAAGUCGGAGACUCAGGAGCCAACGAAACAAGAGCCAGCUUCUGCGCCAAUGUCUUCGAAUCCGGAAGACGUCCCGGCUCCUCUAUUUGCUUCUAAGCAACAAGAAGGGCCUUCAACUACUGGCGAGACUGAGACGCCUACUGAAAAGGAUCAGGCUCAGCAGGAUGAGAGUGCCCUGACUCUGAAACUUCAUCCAUUUGCUCAAGCUGAUAUAAACGGCCAACCUGUUGUUGGUGAUUACCUCAAAAUCAUGUUUGUGGAGCAUAAGGUGGUGCCGACAAUUCUGGGCUUCUUUUUCCGCUUUCCUUGGAACAACUUCCUUCACAAUGUGGUUUACGAUGUUGUUCAGCAAGUAUUCAACGGGCACAUGGACCGUGGAUACAACCGGGUACUGGCCAUUGAUGUUUUCGAGACUGGACGGAUCUCGCAACAAAUCUACGAAGGUCAAAAGCGGAAUGAUCAAGUGCAGCAAGCUAAGCGGAUCCGACUUGGCUACAUGGGUCACUUGACUCUCAUCGCAGAAGAAGUCGUCAAGUUCACCGAGCGACACCCACCUGAAUUACUCUCUCCCGCAGUCAUGGAAUACGUGCUAAAUCCCGACUGGAUCGAUUAUGUUGAGCAAACCUUGUCUGAAACAAGGGAGCGUGAUAACGCUAUUCUUGGUGGUGUACGGCCGGACAUGACUAUUGGGCAACGUCAGUCCAUGCUCGGCCAAGGCCAAAGUUUCAGUGGCUCCUCGGCCCUUGCUGAAGCCGGCUUGAAUGGUGGAGUUAAUGUGUCCGACUUCCAAGGCUUCGAUAUGAGCCAGGGAGGCGUCUCUGGUGGGGCCUUUGGUCUGGGAGGCGGCAGUGGCAGUGGCGGCCAUUCUCUUCUGAGUGGCUUCGGAAGUUCGAGCGACGAAGACGAAGACAUGGAGGACCAAGAUGACCGGAAUGCUAGCCAUGAAUCCGCUGAGGGCGGAGGCGAAAACGUGGGUAACUAUUAUUCCUUUUCUGACGUUGAUAUGCGUGAUUCGUGACAGUCCUGCAUCUGAGCAUACCCUUUUGUUUGUUUUCUGACACCCCCCUCCUUUAUAUGUAUAUUUCAUUUUGAGGACUAGGAGGGUUUGCAUGAUGGAUACAGGAAUGAUGGAGGUCUCUGAAAGGACCAUAUACAUAGGGCGUUUUAUUAGCAGCGCUUUGCAUUCAUAUAUGAGGCCAUUCAGAACCUUCUUCAUUUACCUGAAAUCAUGAUAUAUUCUCUUUGGUUCUCAGCCACUCAAUAACCCUCUGGGUUUCUCUUAGCAUUGACCUGCCAUACCAUUUGAACAUCAUCGAGUCAUCUGAAAACUCCACAAGUCAGCCUAUUCCUAUUCUCCCUCCGCCUCCGGCACCUCUAAGCACAGG